UACAUUCCUAGUUCUACACACUCUCUGAAAAACACUAUAUUCUUUGCGACCUCAUCUUCAUUUGUUCAAUUGUUUUCCUUUAUCUAUCACAUACUUUCAUGGCUAUGGACAAUAUUCUAGUGAACGGUGUAACUGAGAUCUUGAAACCGUUAAUCGCUCUAAUUUCUGAACAGAUUACUCUGGCAUGGGGUGUAAAAGAUGACUUAAAAAAGCUCAAGGGAACCUUGGAGUCAAUUCAAGCUCUCAUUAGUUCUGCUGAGGAAAAACAAGUGAAUGAUCCUACCGUGAGACUUUGGUUAAGAAGGCUUAAAGACAUCGUUUAUGAUGCUGACGACGUAAUGGAUGAGUUUACUUAUGAAUCUAUGCGUCCUCGUAAACACAAGGUACGGGAUCUUGUUUCAUCCGGCAACCCACUUUUAUUCCAAUUCAAGAUGGCACGUAAAAUUCGAGCCAUCAAUGAAAAGUUAGAUGAAAUUUACAAGAACAGUGAUAUGUAUCAUUUGCAAACUACUAGUGCUUCCCAGGACCAUCAAACUAGGGAGCAACGUAACCGAUUAACCUCGUCUAUUUUAGAUGAUUCAAUUCUUCUAGGGAGGAAGGGUGCAAAAUCAGACAUAAUAAAGGUAUUGACCGACAAGUCGUCGCCAUCAUUAUCCACUUCGUCAUCUGGGAUUUCUUCUCAAUCAGAGAACAUUUCCACUUUAUCCAUUGUGGGCAUGGGGGGACUGGGUAAGACAACUGUAGCUCAAAUGAUCUACGAAAAUGACUCCAUAGUAAGAAACUUUGAGCCAAGAGGUUGGGUUUGUGUCUCUGAUGACUUUGAUAUUUAUAAGAUUUUAAAAGAUAUCAUUGAGUCCAUUACUCUAAAGAAAUGCGAGGAUCCAUCAAAUGUCGACGUACUAGCAAAACAAGUCAAGGAAAAAUUGAUUGGUAAGAAAUAUUUGCUAGUACUCGAUGAUUUAUGGAAUGAGGAUAUUAGAGAUUGGGAUAAACUGAAAAGUUUCCUUGUUUAUGGCGGCUUGGGCAGCAAAAUAUUAGUCACUACCCGCAACCACAAGGUUUCAUCUGUUGUUGGUGGCACAGUUCAUGAUUUGAUAAGAGUAUCGGAUGAUGUUUGUUGGUCCAUUAUCGAGAAGAAAGUAUCAUCCCAAGGUGGAGCAGUAUUGACUCCAGACAUGACAAAUAUUGGAAGGGAUAUAGCAGAGAAAUGUGAUGGUUUACCACUUGCAGCAAACUCUCUAGGAAGUUUAAUGUGUUCAAGGAGAAAGAAAAGUUAUUGGUUAUCCAUCAUAAACAAUAAUGAUUUGUGGAGUACACCAGAACAUAAAAAAGUCAUAUCGAUAUUAAAAUUGAGCUAUGAUAAUUUACCUUCGCCUUUGCAACAGUGUUUCUCAUACUGUUGUAUAUUUCCUAAAGACUGGAUAAUACAUAGAGAAACCUUAAUUCGAUUAUGGAUGGCAGAAGGAUUUCUUUCGCCAUCCAGUGGAGGAGAUGAUAUAUCUUUUGAAGAUAUAGGAAAUGAGUAUUUUGAUUAUUUGGUGUGGAGUUCGUUCUUUCAAGAUGUGCAGAAGGAUAGAUUAUUGGGUGACGUUGCGACAUGUAAGAUGCAUGAUUUGGUACAUGAUCUUGCGACGAGUGUCAUAGAUUGUAAUGAAUUUGGGAUUGGAAAGGUAAGAGAUGGGAAGGAAGAAGUUUCUGAAGUUCGUCGCUUACGGGUUGCUAUUUGAUGAAGGACGAAGUCUGGCGA